ACACAGGCGGCAGAUCAGCUGGAAGCUCGUUUACUGACAACAAAGAGGACAGCUUACUCUGGCAGGCACCCAGGAGAAAUAUUUGGGAACUAUUCAGCAGAGAGUAGAAAGCAUCUCACCAUGUGCAGAGGACUUGAAUCACUGCCUAUCACCUGCUUGGAAAGGGCAAAGGAGCUGAGAGCCUUGUUUGGAAGUUUACUGCAGAGAUCGGACCACAGCAUUACAGGACAGGCCAAGAAAAGUGACAAACUAAGAUUACAUGAAGUCAAUGAGCCUUUAAAGUGGAAGGAGUCAUUUGACAAUCUGCUGUCAAGUCAAAACGGACUGUGUCUGUUCAGAGCAUUCCUGGUGUCAGAGUUCAGCGAGGAAAACAUUGCCUUUUACUUGGCCUGCGAGGACUACAGGACGACGAAACCGUCCAAGCUUGCCGCCAAGGCAAAGAAAAUCUAUGAGGAGUUCAUCUGCUGCGAUGCACCACGAGAGGUUAACCUUGACCAUGCUACCAGAGAAAUCACCAAGGAGAACAUGAAGCGGCCCAAUCAGUCCUGUUUCGACCAGGCUCAAGACAAAAUCCACACCCUGAUGGAGAAAGACUGCUACCCUCGCUUCCUCAGAUCAUCUGUGUACCUGGAGCUGACCAGAAAAACAAAAACUGGUUAAGGGACUUCGAAAAAAGAAAAAAAAGGAAGUUUGACAAAAUUGUCUUCUCCUGAGAAAGAGGAUGCAAACUCUAGGAUGUGCUGCUGUGGCUGCAAAGGCUCAGUUGAAAGCAUGCAGAGUUUCUGGUUGACUGCUGAAGUUGAGUCUCAUCGACGGCUCCAAGGAUCAGGAUGCAAGCUGGAGGCUUUGAGAAGAAGCUCACACAGACGGAGUGUUAAAAAACUCAUGUA